AUGAAUUUCUUGAGAAUUCCUUCAGCAUUUCACGGUGUUCGUUGCGCAAAUUCACAAUCGUUUUUUUUGCAAUGCUUCAAGAGCAUACCUAGCAGAAUACAGAGUAACCACUUCAAAUGCUAUCAUACGGUACCUGAGAUACCUGAAAGGAACCUGAACCCGCUGUUUAGUGAACAUGGAAUGAAGGUUGCUUGGGACGAGCAUCAAGGACACGUCGUAAAGAGCUUGAAUGAUCGAGUAAAAGGGACCGAGUUGGAGGACCAUUCUAUGUUUAAUAUUAUCUUCCAAACAGCUGUGCUUCCAGAACAUGCAGCUACGUUUCAGUUUGCAAGUCAAGCCUACAACAAUCAUUUCUUUUUUGAGUCCUUAAUAAGUGCUGAAAAGGCAAAAGCAGACCCCAAAUUUCAACUUGAAGGUAAUUCUGUUAUUCAGCAAGCUAUACUUGAAAAUUUUGAGUCAAAAGAGGACUUGCUAUCAAAGAUCAAGCAACUCGCGUCCAAUACAUUCGGUGCCGCAUGGAUUUGGGUUGUCCUCGAUGACUAUAACAGACUACAGGUGAUGCGGACAUUCCAGGCAGGAACACCUUUUCUGUGGACAAGAUCGCAAUCCAAUGAUCCACAUCUCGUUCCUUCUGUUCCUGAUCACAGCAUGAGACCACGAAACUACUCCCAUGUUCCAAUUUUCAACCUUUGCCUUUGGGACCAUGCUUACUUUACAGACUUUGGUCUCUUUCAACGCGAGCAGUACAUUGAUACAUGGUUCCAAAGUAUCAACUGGUCUGUGGUUGAAAAUCGGCUUAAGCAAUCCUUAGUCUAA